AUGGCAGAGCAGAUUAGCCACAAUGUGGUAAACAGGCCCGAGUCGACGAGCGGCUCGCUCGUCGAUGCUGCUGUGAACGACACCAACACCGUUUCCGCCCCCAGCGGCACCACCCAAGCGCUCGCCACCGACUCUGCAACUCACCCUCUCGAUCCGCCCAAGAGCGCCAACCAGUCUGCGCCCAACGCGAAUGCGACUGCGUCGAAGGUCCACGAGGGACUGGAUGCGGCCAAGAAUGCGGCGGAGCCAAGUGCUGGUGAAGCUGCGCAUUCGACCGCUCAAAAUUCUUCCAACAACCAUGCUCCAGCCCUAGCAGACAAGAUAGGCGUUAGUCCCGGCGAAUCGCCCAACGCCCUCAAAGACGAUGCGAGCCUAGGCGAAGGCCCAGCAGAUGAUAGGAGCACAGCUGAUGUUUCAGUUGAUGUGAGCGUCAACUCGGAUACAGAUAACAGCAGAGCAGAUGCAGCUGAGAAGAAGGACGGAAGCCAUCAUGUCCGCACGAACUCGGUCAAGAAGCCUACGACAUUCAGCAAGGUCACGGCAACUAAGAACUUCAUGAACAAAAUUGCGCCAUCUGCGCCAGCCACACCGAAAGUGGGAGAGAAGCGUAAGUGGGCAAUGUGGGAUUGGUUCGAUUGGUUGAAGGAGAAGGAGAAGCUAACACGUUGUAGCGAGUCCGGUAUCUGCGGCAGUGCAGCCGAUCAAUAAGCCACGUUUGAUUGCAAAGACUGGCGCUUCCCUGGCCAACUUGCAGAAGUCGCGCUCAGGCUCAGUCGGCGCAAGUGGCCCGGAUGGCAGCAAAGUCUGGAACAAGAAUAGGCCUGUACAGCCUCCUCCGCCAAGACAAUUCACCGAUGAGGAGCUAAAGCAACAAUACGGAAUCCACCUUGCCACACGUUUACAGAGCGAUGAGGCCGGUAAGGACUCGAAGUGGGCAGACAUCGAUGAUGACGAAGACGACUGGGCCCCCGAAGCUGUGGUUUGGAUGGACGGGACGAAGUCCACAGUAACUCCGCAGGACUCGGUCCCUCCGCCAAAGGAACUACCGACCGAGCAGAAAGAACAGAAGCCGGCGGCACCACCAAUCGCAAAGCCCCCAGAUGGCGUUCGACCAAUCCUAGCAUUGAAGGGACGGUCUGGCGAAGCCAUGAAGAUUCUGAAGCCUGGCUCAGGAGGAUCUGCACCUUCGCAGAGGCAGGACGGUCUCACAGCUGCCUCGCCUGGCCCUGAGAAAGCAGGUCUCAAGUCGAAGAGCCCCGCACCCGCCCCGACGAAGUCUCCAUGGGCUCCUGUCCCUAAGGUCGACUCUGUUUCUCCGAUAAACCCUCCCGUCCAGCAGCAACAGCAGCAGCCGCCUAGAACCAUGCCGUCUCAAGACGUGCGAUCUUACGAGUCAGCACCACCCCCGCCCCGCGAGAUCGCCGCAGAUACUUUCGACAGAUCAUGGAAAGAAGGCGAGGGCAAUGCGCGGGAACUGUUCAAUUCCACGAAUGGACGUUAUGAACCAGCGCCAGAAGGACGUGGGAGCUCGAGAGUGGAGCCAUCGUUCCGCAAGCCUGCACUUCUGCAGCGCCCAAGUCAGGUCGGCGUACCACCUGCCGAGCCUUCUGCCACCUUUCAAUCUCGAACGGCCACUCAGAUGGACGGUAGCUGGGGCAGACGCCGUGGCUCUAGUGUAAGCCAAGGAAGCAUGCCUCCGCCACGCCGCAUGUCCAUGAACCAGCGCCCAGAUCUUGCUCAGACCCCUGAAAUGCCACAUGAUAUGCGAUCACCCCAGAAUGGUCGCGUGGCACCCGCCAAGUCCACCUUCGCCCAACAGUCGCAGUGGGACCAGCAGAUGCCUCCACGCCCAGAACCUGGCACCGAGCCGACGCCUCCACCAGGACCGCCUGCCGAGGAUCCGGUAGAGGUACAGGAGCGUGUGAUGCGUGAGAAGCGUGAGCUGGCGAAGAAACGCCGUCAAGAAGAGGAAGCGAGGGAAGAAGAUGCGAAGCAGGAACGUCUCAAGGCUAAACUUGCGGCACUUGAAGGUGCGGGCAAGUCUAAGAAGGAGCGGGAGGCGGAAGCCGCAGCUGCUGCCAAGGAAACAGACGCGAAGGUAACACCAACUUCUGAAAAGCCGGCGGAGCACGUUCAACCGUCAACACUACCUGAGCCGGCGAUCCCCGCGGCGACAUCAGCAGUCACUGCACCAUCGCUCGAGUCACAGUCUCGGCCACCAGCGCCGGCAGCUGAGAAGCCACCGCAAAUGCAGCCGUUGCACGAGAAGCUGCCAUCGCCGCUUCCACCCAAGCCUCUGCCCGCAGGCCUCCCAGACCGCUCGCUCUCAAACGAGCAUCAACAGCAGAAACAGGCGCCACGAGGACACCUGUCUCCUCGAGCCACGAACUGUGUUCCCUAUCAGCAACCGUCUGGAACUUACAAGGCUCCAACCUCGUCAUACUCGUCGCCUGGUGAUCGGAAGCUGCAGCCCUCAUUUGGGCGCUCGCCAAAUCUCGGCCACGAUGCAUUUUCGACGCCUUGGCCCACAACGGCACCAAACGGCAAUGUUUGGGGCACAUCCGGAAUAGGAAACGGAACUUUCGAGAAUUCCAGCAGCUUCGCACCAGUGCCAAUGUCACAGCAGAGCUCUGCACUUCCACCACCACCAGGAAUGGGUCGACCAAGUGGUUCGGCGCGUAUCUCGCCACAAAGCUUCGCACAAGAGACUCGGUCUCCUAGCUUACAACACUCCCAAGUAUCGGAACAGCAGCGAGCCUUACCACCGCCUGGCAUGGACUCGCGCCCGGAGCCAUUCUCGAGUCAGCCAAGACUCAACGGCGUUUCACCUGCGCCAGGCGCCGGUCGACCUGUUCACCCGCCUGGUCCGAUCGGACCACCCUCUCGGACACAGCAGCAGCCGCCGGCAGCGUCUGUAGCCACAUCUCAGCCGUCCACGCAAGGCCCUGGCACCAUCAGUGCUUGGAACAACGCGGCUGCUAGCCUCCCCAAUCAGUACUCUCGAGAAAUUGCAGCCGCCGAGGAGCGUAGAAGGCAGCAGGAGCAACCACCACCUCCACCUGCGCAGCAUCGCUUUCGCGAGACGUUCAAGAAGACUUCGGCAAACCAAGGCGCUCUGGGUGGUCCUCGCAAGUAUGACAGGACCGAGUAUACAAUUCACGAUGCGCAAGGAUCACGGUCAGUCCCGACGCUUAGUCCAGCGCCGCCGGCGACGCAGACUCAGCCACCAGCGCCAUUCACCACCGCUUCGCCCGCGGACCCAUGGCGAGCGAGCGCGGAAAACACAGUCCGCAUGCCUGACCCGUCUCGCAACCCCACUCACAUGUCGCAGCAACCCCCCAUUGCUCCACCAAGCGCGCAGCAAUCAGCAAUGGCAGCAUAUCACGGAAACGAGCGGUCUGCAAUUCUACCUGUCGCGCCAGUCAUCGACUCGAAGGACCAGUCACCACCGCCUCCCGAGAACGAGGGUCAUCCAGUCAACGACGGCGCCAAUCAUCCCCAUGUGAGACUGCCGCGACCUCAAGCCAAGGUUAAGCUGCCUCCGUCAUCCUCGCCUGGUCAGACGCACGUUCCUCCGCAGUCGCACGGGUCUGUCAUGAUGCCUCAGCGACCUUGGUCAAACGUGAAUCCUCCAGGGGCUGCGAGGGCGAUCGUCCAUGACGCCGCAUGGCAAGCACGAUUCAAUGGGUUGUUCAAUCGCACCCCGAUCCAGACCGAGACGCCGCCCUCACCACCAAAGACGCCGCCAAAGGUCCAAGCUCAGGCGCUCGCAGUUGCAGCAUCUAGCAGGAAUGCAAUGGACGAGCAGGUGGGCGGUGCGACGGUUGCCCUUCCACAGGCUAAGAAGCGCAAUGAGUUUGGAUUCACCAUCGACAACAGUAGCGAUCGGUUCUCGAAGCCUAUCAUUGAUGAAAUGUUCAAGCAAGAGCAAAGCUUCGGCUCGACCCCGAAGGUCCGAGUCCCGCGCAACACCAAAUACAACACCGCGGUGUACGGCGCGAGUAGCAAGAACAUGCUUCAGAUGCCCGUGAACUCCAAGUUUCAGAAGCAGAUUGAUGCGCAAUCCUCACAAGAGCCCUUCUUCUGGCGUAACCCUGAAGGCAUCUUUGUCACCAUUCCCCACACGAGGUUUGAUAACAAGCUUAUCAAGCACUCUUCUAUCCCUGACAAGAGUGGUAACGGUCUUCGUAAGCCCCAUGCCCGGAACAACAGCUUUCAGGAUCGUGCUCAGGAUCGGAAAGCCAGUGGCAGGUCCAACAAGAACAAGAGCGGCAAGGAGAGCAACGCGGUGGGGCUGGAGAACUCCACGAACGGGGAAGGCAGAAAUGAUGGCUAUCAAAAGCCUUCGCGUCAGCCUUCGAACGUACCGGUCACGCACGAGAAAGCUGCUUCUAGAAACGAAGGCUCCAAGAACGAGCAGGGCGGAGACAAGCGGAAGUCGGGCUGGGGCAACGGUGGCCGGCGUGGUGGCCGGUCUCAGCAGGCCAGCACUGCUCCCACGCCUGUCAAAGCGAAUUGA